CGUCGUCCAUCAAGUAUGGCAUCAAGGAUGAGCUACACUGCCAUGACACUUUACAAUUUUCAAGGAAUACAUAAAUAAACUAAUUAUCAUUGUUUAAUAUUUUGGUUAGGUUUACCUCUGAGCUCGAGAUAAAUCUCCCGAAGGAGAGCCUCUCUUCUUUCUCCUGUAAAACCUGAAUUUAAAAAAAACUUUGCUUGUAUAAUGUCACAUUUGUAAGAGGGAGUAUUAGGACCACAUUGGAAAAAAAGAAUCGGAGAUUUAAAUAAAGAAUAAAGCCUCUAAUACUCAGUCGCACGUUUGUUCUCAUGGUUUUAUUCUCUCCUUUGAGGUAACACCGGAAGGCAGGGAUCGCUUCCCGUCAUGACGUCAGGGUAAACAUAUGUUCACGUGACACAACCAGGAAGUGUGAAGAAGGUUGGUCACGUCUAACCUCCGUCUAUCGCGUGGGUUGGGUCCUUCUGAGGCUGCAGACCCUUAAAUUGGACACAGACUAUGUCGGUGGUCGUGGAGGGGAAAGAUGGGUGGUUUUUGGAUGCAUGCGCGCUCAUAGAUCGGGGCUAUGAAAGGUGUUUGACAAGGAAUGCUAACCUGCAGUCCAACUUGAAAGGCUGCUUCAAAAGGCAAUGUUUUCAUGUUUUGAAGUGCCAUGGUGCUGUGAAGACAUGUUCCGAUGCUGUGCAGGAACGAAUCAAGAUAGAAAGGCCGCCGAAGAAACGGAAACGAAAGCACGGUGAACUCAAUCAGGGAGAGAUUGACUCGCAUGCGUUUCAUGAGAAGGUCAGAUGUGCCAUUUUGGAGGGAACCAAAUCCCUUGUGGAAUCUGCCAGACUUCUUGGGUACCUGGAAGGAGGGCCGGAUGCAACAGAGGACCUUCUUCCUGGUCAAGAGUGCAACCUGGCCAGUCUUUGUGACAUGGCCAAAGAGCUGGCUGGAGUGGAUGAUGAGGACCAGCAAGACCAUGCCCAGUUACUUGUUGCUGAGGAUGGCUGCACGUCACAUCUGGACUUGUUCUCCAGGGUAACGGAGAAUACGUCAAACUGGGCCGCGGUGGUCCCGCUGAUGGGGGAAGAAUACGUGAUACCUCCACGCACGGCCUUCCUGCUCUCUGAUUUCUCCCGAAUGCAGCCACUGCUCCGAUAUGGACGGAAGUUUGAUGUCAUCGUUAUGGAUCCGCCGUGGGAAAACAAGUCUGUGAAGAGGAGUCGCAGAUACCGUUGUCUGCCUUCAUCGCAGCUGAAAAGACUCCCCGUCCCCUGCUUGGCAAGUCCAAACUGUCUGGUGGUCACCUGGGUCACAAACCGUGCCAGGCACUUGCGCUUCGUGCGAGACGAGCUGUACCCACACUGGGGGGUGGAGGUUGUGGCUGAAUGGUUCUGGGUUAAGGUUACCACACAAGGCCAAUUCGUGUUCCCACUGGAUUCACCGCACAAGAAGCCGUAUGAGGUGCUGGUCCUGGGCCGAUAUUGUCGCUCCCAGACAAGCGCCUCUGAGUCGUUCAGCCCCCCCGUGCAGGAUCAGCGCCUGAUUGUCAGCGUCCCGUCAGCUCUUCACUCCCACAAGCCCUCCCUGUCGGAGGUGUUGAAGCCGUACAUUGCAACUGAAGCCAUGUGCUUAGAGCUGUUUGCCCGAAGCCUCCAACCGGGUUGGAUCAGCUGGGGCAACGAGGUGCUCCGAUUCCAGCAUACAAGUUAUUUCACUUGGACGCCUGCGGACGAGCCGAUUCAGUCAACCAACCUUCUCCACCACUGAGGACUAAGAACAUGCAACACUUUUUAGUUUUUUAAUAAAGAUUCUAAACACUUUGUUAUUUCUCAACCAUUUGGGACUUUAUUUGUGUAACAGUGCACAUUUUUAAGGUGGUAAUUAAAUGGGAGCGAUGGAAGUAUCUUUUUGUCAAGCAUCAGCAUCCCACAUGAUGGAGAAAGUAGUGCCAAUCACAAACUCGCUGAAUUAGAUACACGCUGAAUUAGCAUUGCAAGGCUUGAUUCACAAUGAAUCUAUGAUGUUUUUCAUGAACCCGUGACUUGUGGGGGUGAGCAGGGCUGGAUGACGUAUGGCCGCUGCACGCUCACACGCUAAUCCAGAGGCUAUUUUUUUCCUCAUAAAAGCAGUAUGAGGGUGUGACGAGUUGCCAUUAAACCAACUUAAUUCAUCGAUUUUACAUUGAGAAGGUGGUACACUCUGGGACAGAAAAAAACAUUGACAUUUCAGACAAUUAAAUUGUAAUUUGUGCCGUUUUGUGUCACCUCACUCAGCCAUGUAAGAGCAGUGACGGGUCGUUUUGCUGCCUCACCUGUCACGAUGAAAGUUACAACAAAUAACUAAAUGGAGAAUAUUUUUCCAUCCAACUGUAUUGUAAAUGUGUGAUACAUUUGUUUCUGUAUAAUUCAAAUCGUUUUUUAAAACAUUUUCUGAAGUAAAAAUCACUGAUUUUUAGGUUUCCUGCAAAUACUGGCCGUGAUCGUGGCUUCUCGGAUUAGUACACAAACUCCGCCUAUUAUGUGAGUGUACACCGAGUUGGCUCGUGGUGUCUGCCAGUUUCUGUUUGUCAGCGUGUUGGCAAUAAUUUAAUGUUGCCAAAAUGUUUAUUAUACACCAUGACUUUCUACAACCUGUGUCAUGUCUUUAACGUAAGUGUGACAUCACUACUCUUGAUAAUCAGACAAUAAAAUACAGGCAUGCGUGAGCUGGACGGUGCUUGCCACUGACGGUUCCGCAGAGGAAAAAAACAGAAUUUUUGUUUUGUUUCUUUCUUUUUGUUUCUUUCUAGCAAGCGGAAAAUCAAAUGAAAUACAUUCAAUUACUUUUCAUGCUCUGGUGACUGAAUGAAUGAAUUUGACUGCCAAGAUGGAGGACUGUAUACCAUGCUCACCAGGAAGUGAUCAGACUUUUACAACAAAGUAUUAAAGAACUUUUCCUGGAGAAGAAAAUGCUGCAUGUAAUUCUUAUGCAAAUAAAAGAUAAGUCCUGUCAUGGAUCCCACAUUC